UUGGCGUUGAUGUUUUUUUUUGGGGGGUAGCACCUUGGCAGCGCCACCAUCGCUUCACCAUGGACGCCACCCCCGCCCAUGCGCCGCGAGCGGCGCUGCCGCGGUGGGCGCCAUGGGCGCGGUCUGGCUGCCAGCGGCCGCUGCGCUGCUCGUAGGGAGCACAUGGGCGUCUUGUGAAGAGGAGUUCAAGGCAAAACAGCAGGAAUUUACCACGUAUGGAGCCUUCCCCUUCAAGAUCGCUCGAGGAGAAUGGAUUCCUCAGGCCAUUCAGGAGUACUUCUUGAUGGAAGGGGACGAAAACGUGGUCCAGCUCAAGAAGCUGUCCAAUUGGGUGCACCAUAUGCUGGUGGCCUGCUGGUCGAUUGGAGGUCGCAUGUGGGAGGUCCGUUUGCAGUGGAACACCACCGUUUGGCAUCGCGAUAGCUUGGAGGACCUGACAGAGAUCCAUAACACGGUGUGCGCGCUUGCCAGUUGUCAGACACGCCACGUGCUGCGCAGCAUUGCUCCGAUGAUCUCGUUCAGCAAUCCACAGGUCUAUGAGCGCUUCAGUGGAGUGGCGAAGGUCUUGUCCAGUUGGAAGUUCAUGAAGAUCGACUUCGCGAUCAUCGGCACUGGUGGCUGCGGCACCACCUCGCUGCGGCGGAACUUGGCGCAGCAUGCGGAGGUGCGCUUUACCAACGAGAAUGAGGAUGAACUCUUUGCGCCAGGCUAUGCUUAUGAAUACCAAGGUGGAUUCCGCUUGCUCCCCACGGAGGCGCAGGUGAAUAUGGUCCGCUGCGGCCGGGCCAGGUGCCACGGAGAGAGGAAGGAAAGAGUGGUGCUAGGAGUGAAGAACUUCCAGCUGCACAACUUCGAUUUCGGCCUGGUGGCGCUGAGUAUGUUGGACAGGGUGAAACUCAUCAUGUUGGUGUGCGAUCCCUUGGAUCGCUUGGAGAAAGUGCUCCACUACUUCCACUGCGGCUUCGACGCGCAGACCCGCCAACACUGCCAGAACCGCACGGUGAUCGAUGAGAUUGUGGCGAAGUGGUCCAGUGUGGCCCAUUUGGUGGAAGAGCAUAAGGAGCAUUGGGUUGCCGCACGGCGGUUGCUCAUUGUGAGCAGCCUCUUCGACACCCGCGACGUCAUGGUGGUGCAUCAGCAGAUCCUGCGAGAGUUUCCCGCGCGCCUGUACAGGGCCUUGUUCCAUCACAUUGGGCUUCAAGAGCCGCCGGACAUACGAUAUCAUCGCUACAACAGCUUUGGGGGCCGCCGCACCGGCCUUUGCCAACGGAAGAACUUGCUGAAGGAGUUCCAGGAGGCGUUGGAGCCCGAAUAUCGUCGCUUGGAGGAGGUGCUCCGCCAACUGGGCCACCCUGAGAUCUCCGAGCUCUCGCGCCGCACCACGCGCUGCCACCGCCAUGCCGAGCUGCGGCGCGCCGCGCGCUGCGUGAACCAGCGUUGUGAUCUGUGACCCCUGCCACCGCUGCGGUGCGAGCCGAACACGCCGAACACCGCAGCGGUGCGAGGACCGCUCGCCCCUCCACCGACCACCACUCGACCGACCUGGACCUGGACGAACGGAGCGCAGAGCGCGGAAAGAGAAAGGACGAAA